AUGUACAGCUUACAAGGUGCCAAUAUUGCUCUGUUUCUGAAAGAAAAAAAUACAAAUGGUUUGAGUGAAAACGAAAUUUUAAAUUUACUUGGUGACGGAACCGUAUCUGAUCUUGAUGAGUCAGAUGAAGAAAUAAUUGAAAACWUUCAGAAUGAAGAACUAAAUAAUUUACUUGGACAGUUUGAUGAGUUAGAAGAUUUUAUUAUAGAUCAUGAUUCCGUUUUGCCAGAACAAUUAGAAUUUAAUUUACAAUCACCAGAACCUAAUAUUGCUAAUGUUACACCCGAACCAUUUGUCAUAUCUGAUAAAAAUCAAAUUAAAUGGCAGRCAAGCCCUAUUAAACAAUCUAACAUUAGCUUAGAUGAUUUCGAAGACAUGAUAUAUCCUUCUGAAAUGCCUAGUGUAUUAGAUUAUUUCACAGAMUAUCUCGAUGACACAGAUUUUUCAAAUAUGGCUUAUUUUACUAAUUUAUAUUCUGUUCAGAAACAUCAAAGUAGAUUUAAACCAACUGAUUCAUCUGAAAUAAAAACAUUUAUUGGUAUACACAUUAUAAUUGGUUGUCUCAAAUACCCUCGAAUUCGACUGUACUGGGGAGAUUCUUACCAAGUCAAACUCGUUAGGGAUAGUAUGGCGCGAAACCGAUUUUUUUUAUUACGAUMAAAUUUCCAUUUAAUUSACAAUAGUAAUAUUCCACGCGAUAACACAGACAAAUUUAUUAAAGCUCGACCUAUUUAUGACGCGAUUAACAAUAAAAUUAAGUCAAUACACAAAGAAAGAAAUUUGAGUGUUGAUGAACAGAUGAUACCGUUCAAAGGUCAUUUACAAAUGAAACAGUAUGUCAAAGGAAAACCAUGUCCUUGGGGCAUAAAAGCAUUUCUUCUUUGUGGUUCUAGUGGAAUGGUUUAUAAUAUUCUUUUGUAUCAAGGGGCAAUGUUCAAAAACUACAAGUCCAAUUCGACACCAGAUAUACCUAAGCUAUCUGAGCAUUGCAUUGAAAAAAAUCCUAAUGCCGGGUUGCAUGAACAUUUACUGAACCGAUAA